AUCACGCAGUGCAAGCAGAGACAUUGUACAAACCCAUCAAAUACUGUAUGCACUGAAUGCAAUAAUGCCAAUACCUUUUUCAAGAUAUGGAAUAGCGGCCUAGAAUGUCAGCGGAUGUGUGCUUGGAAUAACCACUAUUGCUGGCCUGGAACAUGCACUAACGAACUGGCAAAGGACUGUCAUUGUGCUCAAGGUUUCCGGAAAGUUUAUGCAGAAAAUAACCAUUCAUCAUAUGCAGGUGAAACAACCUGUCAGCCAAACACUACACCGGACAUAUUAACAUGCGAUAUAACAGCAAACGGACCUAAUAAGGAAAUGAAGAUGGCCCUGAGUGCAUCUAAUUCUACAGAGUGUACACAUUUAUCAGACAUGUACGGAAAUUACAAACCCGUUGACGUCUCGUUCAAAAUGGUUUCUGAUUUUACUGUCAACGGUUCGACAUUUCCAAAAAGUCCAUCAUUUAUCAAGGAAGAGAAUUUUGGAAUCAGCGAUACAACAAUAAAAGUGAAAAUUAAAACAAUACAAGGGUCGUUUCUUGAUCAAUUUACCCACGCACUACUGACAGACACAUCGAACAGUUCAGGCGUUAAAGUUCAACGAGAGGAUUCGGGCAACAUAACGGUCAACGACACUGCACAAAAGCUUCUCAAUGGCGAGGCGUUAUGUUUCGAGUUUGAGGCAAAGGGUGGAGGAUUUUUAAAAAGUAUUGAUACAAGCGGCUUCACGCACAUCAUAUCAGAACCAAUUCCUUUCACAAAAGUAGCACAGAAAAGAACAAUUUGUUAUCAAUACGAUACUGCACGGCCAGAAUAUUGUAGUAAUGCAAGACCAUGUACAACCGAGCCGCUGUGGGUUGAGCAGCGAAUAACUAGGUCCAAUUUUACACAAGCUACGUUCAAUGGUUGGGUAGAUCCAAUUCCAAGUGGAGGGCAUGUUAACACGGCAUCAACAAUUGAAAGUUACGAAUUAAUCGUUAACGAAGUGCCUCCUUCAAACGGAACAUUGAAAGUUGAUACUAAAAAGACCUAUUCAAUACUUGUCAAUUCGAGUGUCAAUUCGCUGCAGCUAAAUUUCAGUUUACCGGGGCUUUACUGCAUAACGUUAGAAGUGAAAGAUGUUGCAGAUAAUGUUCGCCACGCCCGUAGAUUCCUUUUAUACGAUUCUUCAAGUUUUAUUGAAACAUGGCAGGAUAAACAAUUCAAGUUUGAUUCUGGAUCACCAAGUACCAACUUCAUUUGGCAAACACAUCAUAAUGAUAUUUGUCUAUCCUGGAGAGAUUAUUUCAUCAACAAGUUUUAUCUUAACAAUAAGCUGUUGAAUCCGAUUGCGGUAAAUGAAGAUAUUACUGGAAUGUAUGAACAAGAAACGGGUCCUUUACCUGUAAGCGGAACAUCCAAUGUUCAUGGAAUCAUCAAAUAUUAUGUCUCAUGGAAACUCAAUGACGGUGAUUUUAAUACAGAAAAGCUUGUGGCGAAUUUUCAGAAUCAGAGUUUUUGUACAAGGUUAAACGUGUCAGAUGGACAAACAUACACAUUUAACAUACGUCCAGUAGAUAUAGUCAACAACACGUACAAUGAGUCAAGAACCGUUUACAUCGAUCGAUCAAAUCCGCACAUCAAUAAUAUUUGGUUGAAAAAAGAUGGAUAUGAGACGUUAUAUGUUCACAACAGCAUCGAUCUCUCCAAGAUGCAGAUGACGUUUGAUGCGUUGGAUCCCCACAGUGGACUGCGCAAGAUUAACUGGGUUUUUGGCAUCGCCGAUACUUCUACCGUUCUUACACAAGGACAGCUGCGUGUUGGCCAAAAUAAAUUGGGAUGUACGAUGCAAUCCUCGGAUUGUUACUGCCCAGACAUAGGAACGUGUGAAUUCUUCAAUUACUCAAUUCCACUCAAUAAGCUUAUUGUAGAGGGUAAACAUAACGGAAACCAUAACAGAAAUUAUUUUUUCACAAUAACUGUAACAAAUAAGGCUAUGCUGACAACGACAGAACAUGUUGAUGUUCUCGUAGAUGAUUCUUCGCCCGAAGAAGGAGUGGUUUUCGAAGGACCUGUCGACUCGAAUGAUAUUGAUUACACGAGUGACGAUUAUUUUAUUGUACAUUGGCAUGGCUUUAUUGACCACGAAAGUGGAAUCAAACUUUACAGAAUAGGACUUGCCGACAUAUGUUUGACACGGGAGGAUUUUUACAAUAUUAGCGAGUUGAAUGCGAGUUUUACUUACAAAGAACUACCUUUUCAAAUAACAUCAGUUCGUCUCCCUGCAAAUUUUACAGGAAAAAGAUUUGUAACAGUUUUGGCACUGAAUAAUGCAAUGGAAGCGUCAAAUCCCGUUUGUUCUGAUGGAAUAACUCGCGAUAUGUCCGCUCCUGGAAUACGAAACGUCACGUUACAAAAUGCGGCGUGGUCCGAGAGUAUUGUUUGUCAUAAAGGACAACCUUAUUUACUGCAUUCAAACUUAAAGAAGGUCCCUCUAAAUAACACGAUGAUUUGUUCAAAUCUUUGUAACGCAAAACUUGAAACCGCGAUAGGAUACUAUUUGCCAACGUAUUCAGCUGCAAGCAAAGAUGAAGAGAUUUCUAACUUCCUUUGCAGAAACCUUCCUUUCUACAAGAAUGAAUCUAUUAUCUUCCUGCCUACUGAUCAUAUAGUUCUUGAAUGGGAUGUCGAAGAAAGUGGCAGUCAAAUUGAAGACUUUUUUGUUGGAUUUGGUUUAGACGCGACAGAAACAAACUCUCCGAGUUUGGUUGACUAUAUGUCCACUCAGCGAAAGCCAUUUUUCAGACGCAAACAUGAAGGAAUCGGAACUAAUGAGCUGUUUAAUAUAUUCAUCAAAACUGUUAACAAAGCUGGUUUGUCAAGCAUUUCAACAUUGGGCCCUAUCCUUAUCGAUCAAACACCACCGUUAUACAAUAAUAUUCCAAAAGUCACUUUCGAAGAAAGCCAUAUCAUGUUUGCCUGGGAAUCCAACACCUUUUAUGACGAUGAACAAAUUGCGCAAAUUAAUCAAAUAAUAUUUCAACUGGGCCACGACGAAAUGGCGGUUAGUCCACUUCUUGAAUGGAGAUUAAAUUCGUCGUCACCAUGUCCGCCGUACUCUGGAGGCUGCAUCCGGUAUCCUUUUUCUCGUCUGCAGAAUCAAGACACGGGUGAUGGUUUACAGUUUCAUCUUAACAUUCACAUAUACAACAAUGCUGGUCAUUUUACCUCCAUCAAAACUGAAAAAUUCCGACUACCGUCUAGAUAUACACCAGGGAAAGGUAUUGUAUUUGAUAUUGACCCCGAGGAGACGAAUACAUCAACGGAUAUUGACAUCCACUUUACGGAAAAUGUUUUAUGUGCUUGUUGGAUGGGUUUCAAACAUCAUGAGAACGUUUCACUUGAAGUUGGAAUAGGUUCGAAUUCUACUACGGCUGAUGUGGUUGAAUUUAAAAGUAUUUCGUCCGACAUCAACCAAUUUUGUUUUAACUCGAGAUCAGUUGUCAACAUUGAGGUUAACUUUUUCCUUAUCAGGGCGAACUGUAGUGGUGGGUCAACAAUAUCGUCUUCCAAUGGAGUAAAAAUAUACCAAAGGCAAACACUGGAAAGUGAACUGCGUGUGAAAAUAGGUCCAAAUUGCCUUUCCAACUUUGAAUAUAGAACAAAUGUUUCUUUGAAUAAUUAUAGCAAUAUCGCCAUACUUCCUUUUUCUCUGUCAAUCGGACAAAGGUACGCUUUGCUUUCAGAAGGCGAAGGAUUGGAAAAUAUUAACAUUUAUGGAAGUGAUUGUACUAUUAACAAACACGCGAAUGUCUAUUAUUUAACACCAUUUACAGAAAAGCCUAUUCUGCAAAUUAAACAUAGCUACCUUACUGAACAAAAAUUGCUUUUACAAGUCAUCAGAUGUCCAUUUGAGAGCAACCAGCCAAUCAGCAACCAAGUAAAUAUAAGUUGGAUUCUUACAAACCUAACAAAUCAGGGUCUUUUAUUUUCGGUAGGACUAUUUGAAGUGUUAAAAGACAAUGGUUCUGUCAUGGAAAAUGAAGUAGUGCCUUUUCAAACACCAGUUGAUGCAAAUAGUUAUACAUUCCUCUACAUUUCGUUAGACGAAGAAAUAUCUUAUCAUGCAAAGGUGAGGAUCUGUAACAAUGUGAGAUGUCUUCGACCAAUCAAAUCCAACAUAUUCACUGUUGAUAAAGAAGCACCUAGAAUUUCUAUCACAAGUGCGGAGCUCAAAGUUAAAGCAGCUGGGGAUUGCGUUCAAUUAACUGCGUCAUGGGAAUUUACCGCAGAUGUCAAACGUAUUGGUUUCUUUCAAUGGUCACUGAGUCGAGACGACAAAGGAAGUCACCUUCUCUCUGUAUGGAAUAAUGUACUGUCUACAGGCUCGUCCGAGUUAAAGGUGGAGGAAUGCGUCGACCUACCGGACCAUGGUCAUGUACGAACAUUUUUGUGUGUUCGCGUAUUUUUAUUGAGCGGAUUAUCAAGUACGAAUUGCCAGAAGACGACAAAAGAUGAUUACGAAUCAUACACGAUUAAAACUGUCUAUGACUUCGAUACAUCGAAGGAGAGUUGGACACAAGUACAAAAGAUGUUACUAAGUUCAAACAUUGGACAACAUUACUCUCUACUUCACGAUUCCGAAUUGAACAUAGGAAGUGCCAACACGACAGUUGCCGGUGCUCUUAUGUACGCUUCCGAACGUCCAGUUGCGUGGUAUCUCAUGAAGACGCAAAAUGUGCCAGGCAAUUGUGAAAAUGACUUAAACUGUAUCGUAAAAUAUGAUACACAUUCUGGUUAUGUUGAAUUUAACAGGAAACAUAUAUCUCUGAAUCAAAUUUACUAUAUAUGUGCAUAUUCCAAUACCACGGAGGUUCACAGAGAAUUGUUCACUGAGACAUUGGAUGAGAUAUCAUCUUGCAGCAAUGGCUUUGUACUGGACAGCAGUCCACCAACAAAAGGUGAGGUAAAAGUCCAAAACCAUCAAGGAUUUGUUACAAAUCCACAACACGUCUUGGUGACUUGGAUCGGAUUUGAUGACAACAUCGACGCUUCGGUUUUCGGAUAUCCCAGCAAACUACGUGAUUUUUCUAUUGGAAUAGGCACGCAAUCAGGCAGCAACGGUAUAGCUGAAGUCGUAAGAACAGGAUUAGAAUCCUCGGCAGUUAUAUCAAUGCAAAAACCGUCAGAUGGAAGUACAGUGUUCUUCACGGUGAAUGCUACCAAUUACGCGGGCUACGUCUCAAGUUCAGACUCUGUGGAACUGACGAUAGAUACUUCACCACCUUCCCCAGGCUCAGUCACAAUUCUGAAUAAUCUUCAAAGAAAUCAGUUCAUUAACCACGAAUUAGCCAGUUUCCGGUUCAAAGGGUUUUCGGAUCCACACAGCGGUAUAGAUUAUUUCAAUAUAGGCGUUGGAACAAACGAAGGAAUGACAGAUAUUGUUUCAGGUCGGAAAAUAUAUACCGACUAUCUGGAAUUGAAUCUCAACGACCUUAUUGACGGGCAUCCGUAUUUUAUUCUGGUUCAGGCAGUGAACCAUGCAGGUCUGAUUUCACGACUGGUAUCAAAAAGAUUUGUAUUGGACCGAAGUAUUCCAAACGGAGGACAUGUUCUCGAUGGAAUAAAAGGGAAACAGGACAUAGACUUUCAAAGUAGCACCGAUGUAAUUCAUGCACACUGGAAGAAUUUUGACGAUCCAGAAAGCGGUUUAGCAUUCUAUAAAGUUGGUCUUGGGACAGAUCGUUAUGUAGCAGACAUAAGACCGAUGGUAGUUUUUGGAAUGAUGACUGAUGUUUUCUGGAAUGGUCCAUUCACUCCCGGGCAGAAGUACUUCGUAACUGUAGAAGCCUGCAACAAGGCAGACCUUUGUACCAGACGUUGUUCGGAUGGCAUAAUAGUGGACAAUUCCCCUCCAAUACGCGGACUUGUGCGUGUAGGUCCCGGUGAUGGCCAUAGCAAAUAUCUUGGACAUCGGUCGUAUAUACAGAUAAACUGGCAAGGAUUCGAAGAUCCCCAGUCGGGUAUAGAUCACUAUGAAGUUUGCGUGUCCACUCCGAAUGAAUAUUGCGACGUUCUGCAUCGAUCAAACAAUCUUCUGCAUUCUUCUAUCAUCAAGUCAAACAUAACACUUCCUAGGAACACCGAACUAGUGGCAACAGUAUGGGCCUUCAAUCAGGUCGGCAUAAAUGUUUCUAAAACGUGUGACAUAUUUGUAGUUGACGACUCCCCGCCAGUCGUCAGAAAGUCCCCAACAUUUUUGGUUAAAUACAAUUCAGCUCAUGGCAAACUUUCUCAGUGGGAAAAAUCCAUUAUUCGUUUAGAAUGGGAAUUUGCAGACGAUAUAAGUCCAAUUGUCCGACAUGAAAUUUCGCUAAAAACACAUCAUGAAGGUCAUACCCCAGUCGAGCAUUUCAUUUUAGGAUCUGAACGCCACGUGACUGUCAGUUUAGAUGGGAAGAAUUGGCUAAAUGACGGGGACAAAUACUACGCUGUUGUAACGUCCUGUAAUGCUGCAGGACUAUGCUCGUCAGACAGAACGCCCGACCUUUUAAUUGAUUCUACUCCACCACAUCUAGGCGGCUUUAAACCUCCAAUGACGUGGACACAUUUUAAUGAUUCAAAUGGUAAUAUAAUUACUAAUGUAACCCUUACAUGGUAUGGAUUCCACGACCAAGAGUCCGGAAUAGAACAAUUUUACAUAACUGUGUCGCGGUUUUAUGGUCUGGAUGAGCUAUCGACUGGAGUUAUUACUUUCCCUAACAGCAAUCAAAGCGAGGAAAUUCGUUCAUCAAUUACACUGUCUGAAAAACUCUUGGCUGACGAUCGAAUAGUUUUGUCAAUAUGGGCACACAACAACGUGGGCCUGAACAGUUCAAUUUCAAGGAUCACUGUCACUGUUAUUUCUAGCACAACCAGCAGCGGAUAUGGGAUUCUAGAAAUCGAAAAGCAUUCAUGCGACGUACAUUUUUGUAACAAGGACUGCACCUGUGCAGUAAUUGGUCGUCCAUGCGUAGAUGUUAGCACCAACCUUACAUGUAGCAACAUGUCUCCAGAAGAGGCCUUUGCUCAGAAUUUACCUGUAUUUAAUGUAUACGCUGGACUCCCCCACGAGGUUCUAAAUACCUCAGCGUCGUCAGCCUGUCUAAGCGGUCAUUGGUCACGAACCGAUGGUGGAAUAGUAUCGCAGAAUAUUCGUCGCUUUGAAUGGAGUAUUGGGAUAUUCAAUCAAUCCGUUGGAUAUGGAAUCUUUGAUCUGCAACUAGAAAAUCCUUGGACAAACAUCGGUCUGAGAUCGGAGUUUAUCCAUUGCCUGCCUAUCAAUCGUACGUUUAUCAAAGAAACUGAAUACGUUGUGUAUGUGAGAGCUUGGUAUGAGGCAAACGAAUACGCUUUGUUUGAAUCUUCUCCGAUUAUGAUAGAUCAAACUGGGCCCAGUGUUCAACGUGGUCGUUAUAUCAGAGAGGGCAAAUGCAUUCAGGACUUGGACUUUAUUGAAUGGACGGACUCCAUCAUUGCCUGUUGGGACGGGGUGUUUAAUGAGCCGCAGAGUCUAAUUGAUCACUUCAGCGUCAGCGUUGGAACUUCACCUCACAGCGAUGAUGUACUGCAUCAACAAGAUGUUGGACUGGCAACAAAUAUAAGUUUAGACAACCUAUCUCUGAGCAUAGGAACACGAUAUUAUAUUACUGUUGUUUCUGUUAAUACGGUUGGGCUUCAUACGGCAUUGGUUUCGGAUGGGUUUGUAAUUGAUACGGACAAUCCAAUUGAUGGGGUUGUAUUUAACACAAAACACCACAAAAACACCGCUUUUCAGCGGUCAACAAACACCUUUGAAAUGUCGUGGCACGGAUUCCAAGAUCACUAUUCUGGAAUAAAAUACUAUAUGGUGGCUAUAUCAAAUGUCAAAGAGUAUAACAGUAAGAAUAUUAGCUUUACGAAUGUCGCUUUGCUGACCGCCUACACAUUCACGAACCAAAAUCUCAAACACGGCGAGUCCUAUUCGGGAAUCGUCAAGGCGGUAGACGCGGCAGGACAUGAAAGCGUAGCUGUAUUAUCUCCCGCACAAUUGGUCGAUGAGACCCCACCAAAAGGUUUUAAUUGUGAAUCAACAAAACAAUUAUCAAUUGAUAUUUCUUAUAAAGUGAAUAAUGGUGACCAUGCCGUUGUUGUCAACGCCACAUUUAUCAAAGAUAAUGUAUAUUACAUAAGUGGAACUAUCCGAAGUUUAAAGUAUGAUUUAUACCCAGUCUUGACAAUCAACCGAUUCAGCGUACCGUUACCAUUUGAAAAGCAAAACGGUGGAGCAUUACGAUACUAUUAUACCUUCAUAUCGCAAGUUACCGGAGUACAAUCCAUCGAAAUUGCGUUCGGAACAACUGUUGAAGACGAAAUGUUGCAACACUUAAACGUUGAAGAAUGCACUUUGCUGUCUACAAAUAAUUCAAAUGCCAUUUCCAUGAAGCAAAUUGGACCUUAUUCUGUUGCAGUGAGUCUAUUGAUAAUGGAUGCAGAAAGUGAAAUCAGAACAGUCUCUCUUGGAGCCGGUACAACCAAAGGAGGAUUGCAAAUAAAAGCACUAAAUCAAAUUCAUCAUACAAAUAAUGUUGGAGUUAUUUGUGCACCUUUCGAGCACGGAAUGUCGUUAUAUGUUACUGCAAUAGCUGAAAACCAUGCGGGACUCAAAACCGUGUUUCAUUCGAAUCAAGCAAUUAUUAUUGAUCAUACAUCCCCCAUUCUUCACGAUAUUGAUGUAUCUGUGGCCGUACACAGAAACAGUUCAAUAACAUUACAUGCAACUUGGAAAGUCAAAGACGAUGAGACCGAUGUACUGUUCUGUAAAUAUUCUGUCGGAUCUGCAACAUUAACAGGGAAUAUUCAAGCAGAAACGGAUUCGGAUACAUUGCAGUCUUUCCAGUCAGACCUGAAUAACCUUCAUCAUGGCGAUAUAGUCUAUGUAACAGUAAUAUGUGUGAACAACGUUGAACUUGCAACAACAUUAGUAUCAAGUCCAGUGACCAUUUAUCUUGACCCACCUAUCAGUGCGCAAGCGUCUGUCCACUUUAUACCCGUCAGUCAAGAAUCUACUUCACCGAUUGACCCAUUAUUCAGUGAACCAGCUUGGCAGUCAAAUGCCAGCAUGUUGCAGCUGGAAUGGAUCAACUUUGAGGACCGUUCGCUGAUAACGUCGUAUAGAUACCGUAUCCAUAGUAACGGCAAAAUUGUUGUGGACUGGAUGGAUGCGGGUUUCAAGGAUACGAUUUCGUAUCUUAACUUGAAAUUGAUGUCAGGUCAAACAUAUACGGCUGAAGUUAAAGCUGUCAAUGGAGGUUACUUCAACAGUUCCAGUGUCCAGUCGUCUUUGGUCCUUGUUUCGGAACCACCAGCUCUUUCAGGUCAACCAGUAGCUUCUGUGUUCGAACAAGGUACACUCAAAUUAAACUGGAAGGACGUUUUCAACACUUUCCAUGGAGUUCCCCACCACUACAGUCUGGUUGUCGGGUCCAGAGACGGAUUCUCGGAUGUCGCUGAAGUCAUCUAUACACGUGGCCACGUGUAUGACGUCAUCGUUCCGUCAUCAACGUUGGUUUCGCCCGAUCUGAACGAGAUGUAUAUAAAAAUCACGUGUACCUACAGCACGGGGUUGUUUUCAAUCUAUAGCACGUCAUACAAACUGUGAUAUAUGUAAAUGACAAGUAAUAUAACUAUUAUGGUUGUGUUUUGUUGCAUUUAUGAAAAAUAUCACAUAACUAUCGCGUGUAAUUGAAGCGUUUUGUAAAAAGAAAAAUGUUUUAAUAUUAUAACAAUUAUUGUCAGUGAUGGUGUGUACCUGCUGUACAUUUUUUAAUUGAGUUUGCAGGUGUUUAUUUAUUGCUCCAACAGUCUUUAAGUUAAACUUGAAUUUAUUCUGGUGUUGAUAAGUCCGCUUUUCAGUCGUAUUUUUGUGGUGUAACAAGUAUAUGUUAUAUUUUAUAGAUACAUAAUCAUUAGAAGAGCCUAUUUGCUUAUUACAUAUACAUAUCACAAAGAAGUAUACAUGUUGAGUUGUUUGCAAGUAUGAAAAUAUAUCUUUUAUGGUUAUAAAUACAUUAUUUUUUGUCAUUUAGAUGUUUGGCCUACUUGUUAAAUUGUAAAUGAUACUGUGCCCUUGUUGUACAUAAUAUAUUUUGCU